GCGUGGUCCAGGUGAUAUGUUUCAGCGCCGAAACGUGGCACAGUUAAAGCGCUAGUUGGCAGCUUUUUAACCAACAUUUUCAGAUUGACUGUGACCGAUAGUUUCGUCAGUGCUCCAUUGGUGUUUGCGGUUGGAAUUAUCUCUCUUAUUUCAAGAUGAAAUUCCACAUUUUUUCUCUGGUGGUUGUCACCCUCCUGGUGACAGUUUGUGCAGAUGAGGAACCUGAAGCAGCUAGAUUGUUGGUUGCUAAACAAAUUCUCAAUAAAUACCUAGUAGAAAAUAUGGAUAUCAUUGUUAAGUACACAGUUCACAACGUUGGCAGUGCCGCCGCUCUCGAGGUUGAAAUAACCGAUAAUUCCUUCCAUCCAGACAACUUUGCUCAUGUGAGCGGAGAAUUGAAUGCAAGAAUCGAUCGUGUUCCGCCAAACAGCAACGUCAGCCACACAGUAGUCGUUCGUCCAAGGAAAUUCGGUUACUUCAAUUUUACUUCAGCUGAAGUGCUCUACCGUCGCACUGAGGAUGCACCAAGACUUCAAGUCGCUGUCAGCAGCGCACCAGGAGAAGGAGUCAUCGUAUCUUACAGAGAUUAUGCCAAGAAAUUCUCAUCCCAUGUGAUCGAUUGGGCAGCCUUCGCCGUAAUGACCCUCCCCUCGCUGGCGAUUCCCUUUGCUCUGUGGUACUCGAGCAAGAGUAAAUACGAAAAAUUAGCAAAAGCUUCGAAAAAACAUUGAAAAACCUUCCAUUGUACAGAAAUAACGUAAACAACAAUAACUACAGAAAUAAAGAUCCCAUUGAAUUUUUUUCAUAUACAUACUGGAUGAUUGUGAUAGCGUGUGACUGUACUGCCUGACAUUUUUUAAUAAAAUUUAUUUAUAUAUAAAGAGUGAAAAA